GACAAAAGACAUAAGGCAUUGUUGCGUCUGCUUCAACAGUGUCAUACAGUCUAGUUUUAUUUUAAUUGUGACGCUAACUUUGCGCGUAUCUUCAACAUUCAUCUCAGCUUUUAUCAUCAUCAAUGAAUUCAAUGCACGUCACGAUAAAACAUUAUGUCACUCUAGGUGAAGUGUUUAUUUAGUAUCAACUUAAAAUCACACGUCCAAGUCGAGUGUCAAAACUUGUCAAGAUCAGCUGACUUGCCAAAAAAAAGAAGAAGAAUUACCGUCGAGUGUAUGAAGAACCAUUGAAAAUUCCCCCAAGAUCAGACAAAAUGGAGCAGAAACGCUUGUAUAAACUCGUUCUAACAGGAGGACCAUGUGGAGGAAAAACCACCGGACAAACUCGACUCUGUACCUUCUUCGAAAACAUGGGAUGGAAGGUAUUCCGUGUUCCCGAGACAGCGACCGUGCUGCUCAGUGGCGGUAUCAAAUUUUCAGACCUGAACGCUGAAGAGGCAUUCAAAUUUCAAGAGAACCUUCUGCGAACGAUGAUACAAAUUGAAAAUACAUUUUUUCAACUGGGCGAAAGUUGUUCCCGAAAUUGCCUUAUAAUCUGUGAUCGUGGCGCAAUGGACGCCUCAGCAUUUAUUUCAAAAGACAAAUGGGAAUUGAUGAUGGCCUCGAAUGGAUGGAACAAUGUGGAGUUACGCGACAAUCGUUACAAUCAAAUAAUUCACAUGGUCUCAGCGGCGAAUGGUGCGGAGGAUUUUUAUUCAACCGAAGAUCAUGUCUGUCGUUCGGAAGGCGUUGAACUUGCCCGUGAACUUGACUAUAAUGCCGCGGCCGCAUGGGUUGGUCAUCCCUAUUUCGAUGUUAUUGACAAUUCACAGGAUUUUGAAAGUAAAAUAUGUCGAAUGAUUGAAUGUGUCUGUCAAAAAUUGGGCAUCGAUACUGGCGAUCGUUUACGUGCAAGCAGUCGGAAAGUGAAAUUCCUCGUCAAGCCACCAUUACGGGCAGACACUGAAUUUCCAACAUUUCAAGAUUUCGAUGUUGUACAUAAUUAUUUGCAAGGGAACACACCAAAACUUCAGGCUCGUCUUCGAAAGCGAGGACAAAAAGGUCACUGGUCCUAUAUUCACACGAUUCGACGGCCAAAAAUGUGCGGACAAGUUGUUGAAGUGAAAACACAAUUGACACAUAGAGACUAUUUGAAUAAUUUGGCUCAAAGGGACGAUUCACAUUUUACAAUAUUUAAACGGCGUCGUUGCUUCUUAAUCAAUAAUCAGUAUUUCCAAUUGGAUAUUUAUAGGGAACCAGGACAUCCAAGAUGCAGAGGUUUAAUGUUACUUGAAACAUACACAGCAUUAGUUGGUGACGAUUUAAGAAAAAUUCUACCUCAAUUUUUAACAAUUGAGAAGGAAGUCACCGGCAAUCCAGAUUACAGUAUGUUUAAUCUUAGUCUUCGGGAAGAGUGGAAUGAUACGAAUAAAUAUUGCCGUAAUUUGCAUGAAUACGCUCUUCCAGGCACGCCCGAGAAACCUCUAAGCACAACAAAAUGUCAAACUGACGAUAAGACAGAGUCAAAUAAUAAGCAGCCAAAUGGUAUCGAGAAGAAGAAAAUCGAAACAGAAACAACAGCAUUAAACGGAAAUGGUAUUGAUGCAAAAAUUGUACAGAAUGGCAUUCACGUUAUGACGAAUGGCGUUGGAAAUGGAUUAAAACACAAUGGACAAGUGAAAAAUGCCACAGCCGUCGUGACAAAGUAAAAGAAAAAAAAAUGAGAAAAACAACAAGAACAACAACAAAAAGAGAAGUAACACGAAAAAAAGAUGAAUUCUUUCAAUGAAUAACAAAAUUGAACAUGUCUUUUUGGUAGUUGAAAAUUGUCAUCUCAAGACAAUCUAUUAGUAAAUAUUUAUCAUAAAUUUUUCCAAUGCAAUGUUCGUCCUGGAAAUUUUCCAAAAAUUUUCCUCCAAAAUCUUCAACUUCGCAAUUUUUUUUUUUUUUUUUGAUGAUUUUAAUUCUUUCGAGUUUUAUUUAUUUUUAAU